AUGGAUGCUAGUCGUUCUUUGUUGGAUCUUUUAAGGCCAAAUUCUGAGUCAAAAGAGCGAAUAAAUCAAGAGGGAGGUGUAGGAACAUCUAAAGGGAUUAAUGAUGUUCAGAGCAAUUUUUUAUCUAUAUUGAUAGGUAAAACGGGUGAUAGUGUAGAUAAAAAUGUUGCGGGGGGGUUGAAAACGAAUUUUCAGUCGGAAUAUUUGUCAAAUUUGAUUGAAUCGAAGAAUAAUGGAAUAUUGAAGGAAUCUGGGAAAAAGGAGCGUUCAGUGUCUGUUUCUGAACGUACAGUUACGUCUAAGGGGUCAGUGAUUGCUUCUGUUGGAGAUAAAUCGACGUCAGCUGGAAUAUCGACGGGUUUACCAGGAUCGCCCGAUGUAUCGGUAACGUCUUCGCAAAGUGGAUUAUUAUCUAUACUUCUUGGCGAUUCUGCGGGGGGGUUAUCAGAAACGUUGCCGACUAAUUCGCGAAAUUUUAAAAACGCUCCAGAGAGUACAGGAUCUAAUACAGUGUUAACAGGAGGAUCAGAGACGGCUCCGUUAACAAUAAAGGGACCUAGUGCUUCUGGGACAUCAACAUCAGUAUCAACAGUGUCAGCAGGGGCGACAAUGACGGACGAAAAAACUCCAAAAGCUAUGUUUUCAGCGAUUAAUAUAUUUGAUCAAUUAUCUGUUACAAAUCCUAGAUUAUCUGAUUUAAAACCAAAGAAAAUACUUAAGGCGCCCCCAAGAAUGAAUGAUUCAGGCAGUUCAAAGAUAGAAGGGGAGUCUACGUCGUUAAAAAAUACGAUAGUUGCAGCGGAUAAUUUUUCAUCUCAAAAAUUGACUUUAAAGAAAGAAAUUGAGUUAGGAAAGACUCAAAGUAUUCGGAAAAUUCUCCUUCCGAGAUCUCCUUUUAAGAGAAUAUUGAUACCGUUGGCUAAAAAUUUGGGAUAUUAUGAUAAAAUUGAGUUGACAGAAAUUGCUCGAUUGUCUGUAACAUUUGAUUCAUUAAAUAACCAUACAAUUGAUGCUAAUAAAAAUUAUUUGGCUUAUGCUAUACCCAAAGAUGGGAAUUUGCGACUUAUGAACCAAGACGAUGGUUCUCAUAUUUUAUUAUCGGGCCAGCCAGGGUCAAAAAUACAUGAUGUGUCGUUCUCUAAAUAUAUCGUAAAUCCUGAAAAUGUUACUUACCUUAUGACUACAAAUUCAAAGGGUGGUGUAAUUAUAUGGUAUAUUUUGAAAACAUCAUUUAGUAACCCUUCAAAAUCUGUAAAAAUGAUUUUUCGAUUUAAUGGGGAGUAUUCUUUAUCAAAUACUGAAAUAAAGGCUAAAUUUUGUCCAAUAAUGAAUAUUGUUGCUAUUAAACUUUUGAAUCGUAUAUAUUUUUUUAGGUUUUCUACUGAUCGAUUUGAAGAAGUCCAAAGAUCUGAAAUCUCUAUGUCAAAUGCUAAUAUUGGUUUUGUCGUUGCGGAAAAAUUCAUUGAGGAUUUUGCAUUUUCUCCUGAUGGGAGGGUUCUUGUUACAAUUCAUGAAGAUGGGACGGCUGAGCUUUGGUCUAUUUAUGAACAUAUAGAAAAUAGUAUUAAGUUUGCUAUUUCAACGUCUAUACUUUCGUAUGCUGUUUCCAAUGAACCUUUGUUUUGGGUUUCAUUUAUAGGCCCAAAACAGCUUAAUGCUCCUUCUAAAUAUCUUAUAUUUGGUUUAAGAUGUAAUAGAAAAUUGUAUCUUUUGGAUUUAGAUUCCGGUUUGAUCUCUCAGGAACUUAUUUUAACAGGAAAUAGUGAAAACAGCAAUUCUGAAGUAUCUUCUAUUGCUUUAUAUGAUAAUAGUUCUCAAAAUUUGAUUGUUAAUGAUCAUUCCGGGUUUUUGUACCGAUUUCAUUACAAUAAUAAAGAUAUAGAAGUACCUAUGUCUCAGGAUUCUUAUCUUCAAAGUUUGGUUUCUAAGAACACUAGUGUCGAUGUCUCUUCUAAAAAUUGGUCUCUUUUUGACAGUUUUUGUAUAGUUAGUUUUAUUGCAAAAAAGACUCUUUAUAAUUUUAAUCUUGUGUCCUUAAAUGAUUCAACUUUGGAUUUAUUUGCAGCACAUGACAAGGGUUACACAAUUUUACAUUUUCCUAUAUCGAAACAAGAAAUAGUAGUAGAUGAGUUAAAGGAAUCAAAUAUAUAUACCUAUACUGCUCAAAGUGUUCUUAUAACUGAAAAUACUGAUAUGAUUGCAAAGUCUGUAAAUCAGAAUAAAGAAUUUUCGGUUGAACAGAAGGUUGUCUCGGAUAUUAAAUUUCAUGAUGGAUCUUAUGAUUCAAAACAGGAAUUUGUUAAAACUAUUAAAAAGAAAAAAGCAAAGAAUGACGAGGUUUCUUCUAACAAUAAAACAGAUGUUGAUAUUAUAGAGUCUGUUGAUAUGAAUUCUUCAUUUAGUACAUUAAAUAUUGAUGACAAUUCUUGUAAUAUAUCCGAUUAUGCAGAUUUAAGGAAAUUUAUUAAAAUUCUUUUUAUUGAAUUUAAUAAACAAAAUAAAAAAAUUGCAGAGUUAAUUUCACAAAAUGACGAAAUUAGAGCUAGUCAAGACAAACUACUAUUUCGUGUUUCUGAGAAUUUUAACAAUAUCAAGGAAUAUAUAGAAAAAAAUGUUUCUUUAUCUGUGAAAAACAAUAUUUUACCUGUUAUUAGUAAAUUUGCUUCAAAUACUACUGAUAAACAAUUGACACAGUUAACUCCGUGUAUUAAAAAAAUAAGUCAAGAAUUAACUACAGAGAUUUAUAAUGUUUGUUCAAAAUUUAUGGAUAAAACAAGUUUAGUUCAAGAUAUAUCUGAAAGUCUUGAAAAGGUAUAUCUAAAGGCGUUAAAUUCAGAGAUGGAUUUUUAUGUAAAAGGAAAUAUUUCUCAAUUACAAAAUGUUUUUCAAAAAAUAUCUCAAAUGGAAACUAAAUAUGAUGAGAGGUUGGAUUUUAUGCUAAAACAGAUUUCUGAUGAAAGGAAAAAACAGCACACCAAUAUUGAGAUGUUAUUGAACAAUCUUUUAUCAUUAGAAAAACAACUUUCUACUUUAUUAUCUAAAAUCGAUACAGAUAAAUUAAAUAUGAACCCUCAAAAUUGUUCAUCAAAAUUUUUAGGUGAUUCUUAUCAAUCUAUAGAUGGGGUUAGAGCUCCUUUUAGGGAUUUGCUAGCUAAGUCUCAUUAUAAUGACGUUUUAGCAAUUUGGGUUCAAUCCCCAUAUAAAUCUGAAACAUUUGAUAUGUUUGCUUCUUUGGAUCCUAAGGUCGUUUUAGAUAAUGCUAGUUAUGUCAUAUUGUUUUCUGUAGCAAAUACUUUAUCAGAAAUAAUAGAAGAUAUUGGCGAUCCCUUAAUAGAGAAGAAAUUGCAAUGGUUAGAAACUUGUUUUAAGUUAUUAAUGAAUAUGGAGAAUCAUUAUUUCACUGGAAUUACUUUGCAAAUACUUCUUUUAAUUGAAAAUAGAAUGGAUAACUUAUAUGAACGCUUGCGUCAUAUUACUCCUAAAGUUCCUUAUUUACGGAUUGUCCUCUCUAUUUUAUAUUUUGCUGCUGAACUUCGACAAUUUUUCAAUGAAUAA